UUGAGCGGUCGGGCGUCGAGGCGGGCGCCGACCGGUCUCGGGGAGAAGCGCACCGCGCGCCGGCUGCCAGCGAGGUGCCCGGGGGCCAACCUGGGUGCGCGCGUCCCCGCGGCCAUGAGGGGCGCCUGGGCCCCGCUCUGUCUGCUGCUGCUCGUCCGGCUCGCACAGCCGCAGCCCCCUGAGAGACCAGUUUUCACUUGCGGCGGAAUUCUUACUGGAGAAUCCGGAUUUAUUGGCAGUGAAGGUUUUCCUGGAGUCUACCCUCCAAAUAGCAAAUGCACUUGGAAAAUCACAGUCCCUGUCGGGAAGGUGGUCGUUCUCACUUUCCGAUUCAUAGAUCUGGAGAGCGACAACUUGUGUCGCUAUGACUUUGUGGAUGUGUACAAUGGCCACACUGGUGGCCAGCGCCUCGGUCGCUUCUGUGGCACCUUCCGGCCUGGAGCUCUGGUGUCCAGUGGCAACAAGAUGAUGGUACAAAUGAUCUCUGAUGCCAACAUAGCGGGAAAUGGUUUCAUGGCCAUGUUUGCUGCCUCUGAGCCUAAACAAAGAGGAGAUCAGUAUUGUGGAGGACGCCUUGAAAGACCUUCCGGCUCCUUAAAAACACCCAACUGGCCAGAGCGUGACUACCCAGCAGGGGUCACAUGCGUGUGGCACAUUGUGGCCCCCAAGAACCAGCUGAUAGAAUUAAAGUUUGAGAAGUUUGAUGUGGAACGAGAUAACUACUGCCGCUAUGAUUACGUGGCUGUGUUCAACGGCGGGGAAAUCAAUGAUGCCAGGAGAAUCGGGAAGUUCUGCGGGGACAGUCCUCCCGCACCAAUUGUAUCUGAGAAGAAUGAACUUCUCAUUCAGUUUUUAUCUGAUUUGAGUCUAACUGCAGAUGGAUUCAUUGGUCACUACAAAUUUAGACCAAAAAAAUUGCCUACAACAACCACACCGCCUGUCACAACCACCUUCCCUAUAACUACAGAUUUAAAACCCACCGUAGCUCUGUGUCAACAGAAGUGCAGACGGACAGGCUCUCUGGAGAGCAAUUAUUGUUCCAGUAACUUCGUGCUGGCUGGCACGGUGGUGACCACAGUUGCACGAGGGGGCAGUCUGCAUGCCACUGUCUCCAUCAUCAAUAUUUACAAGGAAGGGGGCCUGGCCAUCCAGCAGGCUGGCAAGAACAUGAGUGCCAAGCUCCUGGUAGUCUGCAGGCAGUGUCCUGUGCUCCGCAGAGGUCUGAAUUACAUUAUUAUGGGCCAAGUGGGCGAAGAUGGGCGAGGCCGAAUCAUGCCCAACAGCUUCAUUAUGACAUUCAAGACCAAGAACCAGAAGCUUUUAAAUGCCCUGAAAAACAAACGUUGCCAGCACUGACCUAUGUCCACACUUGUGGCCUUUGGAAGAUCUGUUCUUAGUAGA